CCCUAACUAUCACUCCCUCUCUGAUUUCAUAUUUUCCAUCGAUCACCCCCUGUGAUUUCAUCUUCUCCAUCGACAAUGGUGAUGUGCUUCUGCAGAAAGUGGGCGAUAGUUCGGACAUCGUGGACAGAUAACAACCCAGGGCGUCGAUUUUGGGGAUGUCCUGACCCAAAUUCAUCAUGUGGGUUUAUUGGGUGGUAUGAUGAACCCAUGUGUGCUCGUUCCAAAGUUAUAAUACCAGGGCUGCUUAGGACAAUCAAUAAGCUACGAAAAGCAAUGGAUGAUAUAAAAGAACAAGCAAGCAAGCAUGAAAAAGCAAUGGAGAAGAUCAAAGAACAAGCAACUAUGUUGAAGUAUUACCUAGUCUAUAGUUGGAUUUUUUUGUUGUUGUGUUGCUGUUCUUGUUGUAAGUCCACAGGUUGAUUGUGGUU